GUUUAGACAACUGGCGGGACUUCUACACAUGGUGCUGGACGAGGAGGUUGUUUACACACUUUAAAAGCUGUUUUUACGCCGAACUGCUGAUAAAAUCCGCCCGACAUGAUGGCAACAAACGGAAACGGAUUAAAAGACGACGUGUCGACAAUUUCCACAAAUGGUGGAAGCAAGGUUUUUGCAAAGUCACACUCGACUGUUGUAAACGGAGCAGCGACCGAGACUUCGUCCCAGAAUGGAGUCGCAGUCCAGCUGCAGAGGUUCACUUUCAGCCCCGAACCCACCAUCGAGGACAUCCGACGGAUGCAGGCCGAGUUCACGGACGAACGGAACUGGAACCAGUUUCACCAGCCCCGCAACCUGCUCCUGGCCAUGGUCGGGGAGGUGGGAGAGGUGUCGGAGCUCUUCCAGUGGCGGGGAGAGGUGGCCGACGGCCUGCCGGACUGGACCGAGGCGGAGCGGGAGCAGCUGGCCCACGAACUGAGCGAUGUGUUGAUCUACCUGGUGGAGCUCGCCGAGAAGUGCCGCGUCGACCUUCCCCAAGCGGUGCUGCGAAAAAUGGCGCUAAACCGGCUGAAAUAUCCCGCAAGCAAGGUGCACGGCUCGGCCAAGAAGUACACCGAGUACAAGGACUGAGAGCCGGUGUGAGGGCAGAGGGAGACCGGGUGCAAUGACUGCUGGAGCUGCUGUUCUCUUCAACAUGCUGAACAUUUAAUCCUUUUGGGUGCAAACAGGUUAGCUCGUUAAAUAACCACGGAUUCUUUCAGCUGCAGUUUAUUUUCUGUAUAUGCAAAGUCACAUUUAAUAGGGAAAGGCACUUGAGGAAUAUUUUGUUUUUUAACUUUUUCUAAAAAAAAAAAAUCCUGAUUUGAGUCUGAGCAUGGUUGUGCCUGAGUCAAUAUGAGGUAUUGCAUACUUUUAAACAGAAAAUAUUACUGAUGCACAGUGCCUCUGGGGAGGAUUAGAGGGAAGAUAUUUCUCAGUGAACAUUUGAAAAGUUAUCUAGCUUGGCUCCAGCAGUGUGACAGAGGGGAUUAGAGGAGCUGCUGGAGUUGAAGCAGAUGAUUAUUGUCCUGACCAAACACGACAUGGAAAAAGGAAAAUUUUGAUUAGUUUUUGUGUAAGUAUUUUUUUUCUGAAUUAUCCUCAUUUCCCAUUGAGUGUGUAAGUUCUGUGCACAAAACAGCUGUUCUGAUUUUUCCUGAAGUAAAAGCUGUUACAAGUUGAA